GGUCGCGCACGCAGGCACGCAGAAGCUGUCACGUGGGGCGCCAAGGAUCGCAGUGCGCGUGGCCGCGGCGGCUGGUGUGAGGUUGAGUCAGUUGUGAGACCCGGAGCUGCUGACCUAGCGGGCGGCCCACGGACCCGGCGACAGAGCGGCAGGCCUCGGGGUACGGGAGCCUUGAGCUGGUCCCAUCACAGAACUCGGCCGAGCCGGCGCCGCCGUCCCCCGCCCCCAGCCAGCAAACCGCCGCCGCGGGCGCGCCCCCGCUCUGCGCUGUCUCUCCGAUGGCGUCCGCCUCUGGGGCCAUGGCGAAGCACGAGCAGAUCUUGGUCCUCGACCCGCCCACAGACCUCAAAUUCAAAGGCCCCUUCACAGAUGUAGUCACUACAAACCUUAAAUUGCGAAAUCCAUCGGAUAGAAAAGUAUGUUUCAAAGUGAAGACUACAGCACCUCGUCGGUACUGUGUGAGACCCAACAGUGGAAUUAUUGACCCUGGGUUGACUGUGACUGUUUCAGUAAUGCUACAGCCUUUUGACUAUGAUCCCAAUGAAAAAAGCAAACACAAGUUUAUGGUACAAACAAUUUUUGCUCCGCCAAACACUUCAGAUAUGGAAGCUGUGUGGAAAGAGGCAAAACCUGAUGAUUUAAUGGAUUCUAAAUUGAGAUGUGUUUUUGAAAUGCCCAAUGAAAAUGAUAAAUUGGGUAUAACUUCACCAGGGACUGCUCCGGCUGUCACUUCAAUGAGCAGCAUCAACAACACAGUUGCAACUCCUGCCAGUUAUAACAUGAAGAAUGACCCCAGGGGACUCAAUGUGUUCAAACAGGAGAAGCAGAAGAAUGAUAUGGAACCUAGCAAAGCUGUUCCACUGAAUGCAUCAAAACAAGAUGGACCCAUGCCAAAACCGCAUAGUGUUUCACUCAAUGAUACUGAAACAAGGAAACUCAUGGAAGAGUGUAAAAGACUUCAGGGAGAAAUGAUGAAGCUAUCAGAAGAAAAUCGACACCUGAGAGAUGAAGGCUUAAGGCUCAGAAAGGUAGCACAUUCGGAUAAACCUGGAUCAACCUCAACUACAUCCUUCAGAGAUAAUGUCACCAGUCCUCUUCCUUCACUUCUUGUUGUAAUUGCAGCCAUUUUCAUUGGAUUCUUUCUAGGGAAAUUUAUCUUGUAGAGUGAAGCAUGCAGAGUGCUAUUUCUUUUUUUUUUUCUCUUGACCAGAAAAAGAUUUGUUUACCUACCAUUUCAUUGGUAGUAUGGCCCACGGUGACCAUUUUUUUUGUGUGUACAGCGUCAUAGGCUUUGCCUUUAAUGAUCUCUUACAGUUAGAAAAUACAGUAAAAACAAACUGUUCGGCUAAUGGACAAAUUGUAUAUUACCAGAUCAUCACUAGCAGAUGUCAGUUGCACAUUCAGUCCUUUACGAAAUUCAUAAAUAAAGAAUUGUUCUUUCUUUGUGGUUUUAAUAAGAGUUCAAGAAUUGUUCAGAGUCUUGUAAAUGUUAUUUUAAUAAUCCCUUUAAAUUUUAUCUGUUGCUGUUACCUCUUGAAAUAUGAUUUAUUUAGAUUGCUAAUCCCACUCAUUCAGGAAAUGCCAAGAGGUAUUCUGUGGGUAAAUGGUGCCUCUUACAGUGUAAAUUUUCUCCUUUACCUUUGCUAAUAUCAUGGCAGAAUUUUUCUUAUCCCUUGUGAGGCAGUUGUUGACUGAGUUUUUUUCAUCCUUACAAUCCUGUCCCAUGGUAUUUAACAACAACAACAAAAAAAUAAAACUGUUAACAGAUUCUUGCUCAAUA